CUAUAGGGGCCGUGGGUGCCUAUAGGGGGUGUGAGUAUCUAUAGGGCCCGUGUCUCUAUAGGGGGUGUGGGUGCCUAUAGGGGCCGUGUCUAUAGGGGCUCCCCGGGGCCGGGACAGGCCCCGCCCGGAAGGGUGCAACGGCCGGACCGGCCCGGGCCGCUUCCGGGGCUGUUUCCGGGCCCCUUUUCCCGGUCCCGUCCCCGUCCCGUUCCCGGUCCCUUCCUCGUUCCCGUUCCCGGGAUGCGGCUGCCGCCUUCGCUGCGGUUCCGCCUGGGCUCCGGGACGCUGGGGGCGGCGGGAGCCGGGCCCGGUGCCGUUCCCGAGGCCGGUGCCGUUGCCGGUGCCCGGUACCGGCAGGGGCAGAGCCCGACGCCCCGCACCCGCGAGUAUUUUUACUACAUCGACCACCAGGGACAGCUUUUCCUGGACGACACCAAAGUCAAGAAUUUCAUCACCUGCUUCAAAGACGUCGCUUUCCUGGCUUUCUUCUUCAAACGCUUGGAGCCGAACCGGAGCGGGCGUUACGAAGCGGAAUUCCCUUUCCUCUCGCCCUGCGGCCGGGAACGGAAUUUCUUGCGGUGCGAAGAUCGUCCCAUCGUUUUUACUCAAAUCCUGCCGGAUUCCGGACACCACGGAUGGCUCCUUUCCUACUGCGGUGGCGGCGAACGUUUGGCCGUCCCGUUCCAACCGGAAAAUUUAAUGAUGUCGCCGGAAAACGGGCGGCUUUAUCACCCGGCGCCGGCUAAAACGGGAGGCGUGGGGUUGGUGCGUUCGGCGUUGGCGUCGGAAUGGAGUCCCGGCUUCCAAUUCGGCCGAGGGCCGGAACAGCCCCCCACUCAUUUUUUUUGGGAAGGGCGACGUUAUCGGCUCACCGAGGAAUUGCUGCCGUUGCUGCGGGGCGGAGGAGAGGGGGAAGAGCCGGCUGGUCCCGUCACCCCCCCGCAGGGAUGAGUUGGGGACCCCCCCCCCCAAAAAACUGUCCCUGUCGCCCCCACGCUGAGCUAAAGACCCCCCCGCCGUCCCCGUCACCCUGCGCCAGACCCAAAUUGGGGACCCCC